AAACUAAAGGAAAAUGAUCCUAUUCUCGCCAUAAAUGUUCUCGACCGUGCUCAUUCUAAGGCCCCUAUAGUAAAACAACUCCGUGAUGAACUUCAAGAAGCUCAUGUUUACGAUCUUCUUGAACAGAAGCUGUACUUUCUUCAAGACGAGCUAACACAUACGCAGGAGGAAACGUCUCGAUUGCUUGCUAAAAUACGAUCUUUUCGAUGUCUUGAAACACGUCUUCAUUUGUUGGAUAAAAGGCUACGGAUAAUGGAAGGCAAAGAAUGUGAACCGCAUCUGGAUGAAUUAGAUGCGAGUGAUGUAGCAACAAGUGCAGAUAUUGUCGAAGCGAAAAUUGAAUACUUGGAAUCACCAAAGCAUGAGAGACUAGCGCAUAGAGCAUAUGCGGCCAUUGUUGAAGAGAGAGAGAAAUAUAAGAAGAAAGCAGAAGAGAAUUGGCAGAUAGUGAAAGAGUUGGAAGAAAUUUUGAUAGAGACGGAUAAGGAGAUUGAAUAUUUGCAAUGGCAGCUGCUAGAGAUUACGUGGGAUGGCUGA